UCUUUUUUUUUUUUUUUCGAAAAGGUGAAGGUGGCCGACUUGUCGUGGAGGAUGUCGGACGCCUGUUUGUUCUAAAAAGAAGAGGCCCUGUCGCAAAACAAUACAAUAAAUAAAAGGACUUGUCGUUCUGAAAUAUGUCCACGUUUUGAGAGCACAACAUACGCACAAGGGGAAAAAAAUCGAGAGUGAAACUGUUGGUUCAUUCGCAUCCUGUAGGUGGCAGCAAAACGUCACUAAAUAAAGCCCGACGGCCCGACUCUUUGCCUUCUCAGUCUCCUGAAACAAAGUACCCCACACGUCUGCUUCCGCGUCUUUCUUCAAUAACGACACAGCCCGGGGCAAUGAGGAAAGUCGUUUGCUCCAGCGGACAGGACGCGUCUGUCAACAGUGUCAAGGGCUGUCGCUGCAGGGCACGCAAGGGGCAGCCAGUCAAACCCUCAUCACUGUUCGAUUUGUCACGCCCGAAACAACGCGGAAAGACGAACAUCAAGCAAUAACGAAUACAACCCCUCAACUUGGUCGUCGUCCUUUCAAAUCUGUCACGCAAAAGUAAGCAAAACAAGAAGCACCCAAAGUCUGUCGUCGGCAAGUCACCGCCCUUAGGACAAAGUGACAGAGUCAGGAACGAGCCCGAUCAAUACGCCUCCUGGCGCCAGACUGGCGAACGGAGACACGUGACCGAAAACAACAAGGGGCCGCUCCUAGUUUCUCGACGGCCGGCCUUCUGCGCUUGUACAACUCCUCCGUUUGGCGCGUUGCAUGGUCGCGAAGAGAGUGUGGAUGUGCCGCACGUUCGCAAAGACGGAGCAGCGAUUGAACCAUCGGGUCUGUGCACGUCCAGCGCUCGGAAAAGUGCUCGCAACGGCCUAGCGGCCGCCAUACAAAAUUCCGGCCAGGUAACCCGUCCAUGAUCGUCCAGUUAAUUAAUAAGUGAUGUCGGCGGCUCGCCGGCAAUGUCGUAGGGGCUAAAGGGAAAGCACUAGUUCGUGCUGCCACCUAGUGAACAUCGAGGUAACUACUACGUCAAGUGUCACGACGCGUUGUCUCGUGUGUUCUCGGCUGUUUGUGCACAACUUUCCUCAAAGGACACUGAUGGACCUGAAUCAGUGUUCGACUGAUAACCCUGGAACCGUCCUUCAAAGCGGAAAUGCGGCGCCGCGUUUGGCCAAAGUCGCCGAAGUGGUGUUUGUACGGACGGCGGCCGCUCUGGCGGGUCUGAGAUGCAAGGACAGGUGGCGCCAGCUUGUGCGCUGGUUCUCAAGCGAGCGUCGGCAAGUCACUUGAGGGAGAGGGAGAAAGGGGGGUACGAAGGAGUGUGGGGCAAUCCCUGCGCAGCCCCUGUAGUUGGAAGUUGCGACGGGACGUUCGCUGGUUCGCGUCCGGCCGUGAUUUGCGUCGGAAUUGGAGUCGUUUGAUUCGACAUUGCAACGAGUCUCGGUUUUUGACACUGUCAAGGUUAUGACGGUUGAGGAACAGGUUAUUCAGAGUGGCGGCGAAGCUUCCGCCGGCUUCUUUAUUGCAAAAUCGUGUCGAGGUAGAACGUGGCAAAGUUUGCAGAGACUUGGCUAUCAACUUCAAGGCGUCCCCGUCUCUGUUUCCCGUACUCCUGGAAAGGUGUCACCGGCCUCUAAUGUCUUCCAGGGACCCAAAUGUCGCUGCCACGGAAGGGACAUAGCUGCCCCAUCUGGCCGAAAAUGACGCCGUCCGUGCGGACAAGCAUCUUCAUCUUGACGUCUCUCCUGCUGUUAUUGUGGCUCUUCUCGUUCAGUGCAUUUCGUCCAACAUUCCGGCAAAUAGUGGGGGUCUGGUCGCCGGUCAAGUGGUCCUAUUACCCCUGGUACAACCGGGACAGUGCAAAUGUCACCAAGGAAGUUCCCCGAAUUCUCCUUUGGACUUCGUUUUACGGCACGUGGAUCGGAUCCCUGAACAAUUCUAGGACAGGUGAAAUGUUGACUACGAAAUGCAGCCGCUCGUGCAUCCUUACUAAUGACAGGAGUCUCCUGGAGUCCAGCGACGCGAUUGUGUUUCACAUCCGGGACAUUGACAUGGCGAACCUGCCCCAAAGAAGGUCCCCUUUCCAGAAGUGGGUCUUCUGGUCCAUGGAACCUCCGCCUUACUCCGUCUUCGCAGGUUUCAAGUACAUGAUGAACAUGUUCAACUGGACUAUGACCUACCGCUUUGACUCUGACAUACCCGUGCAGUACGGCCAGUUGGAGAGGAAGGAGGACCUGGCUCCGAAAAAGAAUCACAGUGCACUUUGGAAGUCAAAGUCGGUGAUGGCCGUCUGGAUGGUGAGUCACUGCAACACGGACGGCAGACGGGAAGCGUACGUGAAAGAACUCAAGAAGUACCUCAAGGUCGACGUGUACGGCCUGUGCGGAGACCACAAGUGCUCGAGAAGUCGGGGAACUUCCUGCUACUCCGAUUUUGAACGGAAGUACUUUUUCAUGCUUGCUUUCGAAAACUCCAUUUGCCGAGACUAUAUCACGGAGAAGUUUUUCACAGCCCUCAGGUACGACAUGGUGCCCGUGGUUUUCGGAGGUGCCAACUAUACUCGAGUCGCUCCUUCUCGGUCCUUCAUCGAUGCCCUCAGCUUCAAAAGUCCGAAGCAUCUUGCCGAACACUUGACACGCGUGGCGAAGAACGUUAGCGCGUACAAAAGUUAUUUCGACUGGAAGUCGCGCUACAAGAUACUCUCCUGGUCGGAGGAGUUUUGUACGCUAUGUUCUAAAUUGCACGGUAAGGACUUCAGAGAGCAAACUACGUACAAUGACAUGCGGGUGUGGUGGGAACAGGAGGGCCGGUGCCGGUCUUGGAACCUGUGAACUUGUUUAUAGAAACCUACGGUGGCCUUUCGCGUCAUUGGUCAAAGUGAUCCCUGAUUUUUAUGACAUCCGGAGGUUGAAUAGAUGGGUCGGAUCUAUACCUUUUAAGUUUUACCGCUGCAUUAUAGUGUUCUUUUUUUCUUCUUUUAGUCGGUCCAUUUGUAGUCAACGUUUGUUGUAAGAAAGGUUGUAGUGUCGCUCGUCUCGCUUUUCCUUGGGGAUCAUUUUCGCUUUUGGGGAUAACAUGAUGUGAUCUGAGGCAGGGUCCAACCAGAGUAACUGUAUGGUCCAACUAGCGUGUUUUUAAGUACCUUCGAGCGCGUGGCCGAGACGGUGGCUGGGGGGCUCGGCUCGAACGACAUGGGCAAUUCCAUGUCGUUCGGAGGGGAGAGAAUGCGCUCAGCCGGGGUACGCAGAUUCGGUUUGAUUGCAUUAUGGCGUUUCGUUUUCCUUGUAUCGGUAUGGAUCUGUCCGCAAAGCACACCGCGCCCCAUCAGCCACCGUCUCAACCGCAGGCUUAAAGUAGUUUUUUGAGCAUUGCUGGAGACUGUUCCUAUUUUUUGGAGGAGGGAAUUUUUGGUCAAAGUACAUAAUCGUGUUGCCAUAAAAUAGGCUGUAUUCAUCUGAUGUCACUCCGCCAUCCUUUGUUUACUGGUUUGGUGUACGAACAAAAUACACCAUCAUGCUGCCACAGAAUAGGCUGUUUGCACUUGAUGCAUGUCAUUCUGCCAUAUUUUGUUCAAUGCUGAGUUAGAUUAUGCCAAGAAACUGUACCGCGGCAUCUCAGUCAGCUUGCGCUGAGCGUAGAGACAGUAAGAGUCGUUUACAAAAUUUGCCGAGGGCGGCAAUAGAUGAUGUACUUGUUUUUAUGAAAAUAUCAAAGGAUGAACUUAUAUCAGUCACCAUUUACGGAUAAAAACGGAAUUGGAGAACUAUGCAGCUUGGUAUAUUUCUUUUUUUCCAUGCGAUGACAGGUCGCUGUUCAAGUCGCCAAAUAAACAAACGUAAACGAUAUUCUUUUAUGAAGGCUACCUGCUAAAUAAGUAAAAAUAAGGUGGACAGUGAAAGAGUGAGGAAAAUCUCCUCGCACUAUUCAGGGGCUUAAGUCGCUUUGUGUGACGAUAGGUUUAGAAUUGCUAACUUGCCCCCUUUUAUAUAGUCACAAGGCCCACCAGACCUGCAGGGUUGUUGCUUCAUUUUGACAAAGAACGUGCUAAAGUGCACAUAACACACAAAUUAAAAUUUCUAUGCUUACGUUUUCACUGGGGUAUAUGAAUUCAACCUUUGAUAUAUUUUAAUAGCAAAUGCACCACCUAAGCGCAAAAUGUUGUACCGUUCUCUACUGACUCGAUUCCUACUGUCGAUUUGGAUUGGGGUCGUUCCAGUUUGGUCCACCCUGUUCUUGUAAUGCUAUACUAUAGGUCUAUAAUUUUAUACCACAGCAGCUAGAUAACGUACAAGGAGUAUUCUCAAUUGAAGGGAUUAACCUCAGAUCCAUCCAUUCUACCAUAUGUUUUCGAAACUUUUUUUUUCCCCCCAUGGAGGAAAUGCUUUUCCUAAAAAGUUGUCGUUUUGGAUAGAAACGUUUAAGCAAAAGUGAGUUGCGCACUGAACGGUGUAAAACAUUUCCCUAUGCGAGGUUAACUAUGGGACCAGCUCUGGUAUUACAAAAAAAUAAAUACUUAACUGUUUGAGAGCGUCUUUUGUUCGACUAGAGUUUUAGCGGUGCUCAGAGUGCAUUUCUACAGGCACGCGAGUCGAACAAGUCCGCCCUUUUUCUGUAGACUACACAUGUUACUGCAGAAUUUGUAGCCGAGUACAGCAUCGUUGCGUCUUACAGCAGUGUGGUGUUUGCUUCGAGAACAUGUACAUAUACUCUCCGUAGUGCUAGUUACGCUUAUGGCGUAAGUGUCCAAGUGAGCCUAGCACAGCCUUUAUUGUAGGGGUCAACGACGGCCGUUGCAUUUACUGCACAUCUGACGUAUUGACAACUUGCCAUGUCCGACUGCGUCGAGGAACCCGGUGAAGAUCUGUUGCGGGGCUUGUGUCACCGUGCACGCCUCUGUGCGGCAUGCUUUGCCACGAGCACCCAUUCUGAUUUGUAACAUUUGUGCUUCAAAAAUAACUUGUGAUAUAUAUGUGGUGUCCUGCGCGGUAUCUGAGUGCCAUUGCUGUUGUGUGUGACGAGGUGCUGGUGUUGUGUACGCAGUGUUGCGGACUAUUUUCUAAGCGACAUUUACUAUAUGUCUCUCGGGAGUUAGAGGACCUUGAAGGAAUAUUCUGUCACUACAUACUGUUUAGAACGAAUCAUUGGUACUAAUAAUAUGCGAGACGUGCAUUAUUUUUUCAUCUCCACGCGCCAGUUGUUGCUGGAAACAACGAUAUUGAGCUGCGUGAUAACCUCAACUCGCGACCUGAUGUAGCGGUCACAUGUUCUGGCGGCCGGUUUGUGGUCUACGCGUCUAGAUAUGCCCAAGACGUAAUUGCUGCCAAUAUCAAAUUUCUGCGAUUUCCGUCACGGCGCUAAUUUUACAGGAACCUGAAUUUUAGCCGGCGCAUAGACUGUACCCGGUCUGGAGAUCAGCAAUGGGCUCGUUCGAUUUACCAUUCCUUGCCCCAAUCUACACUGCUGUACACCGCCUCAUUCGAUUUGCGAACGCAGCGUAUAUUUUAAAACGCAUAUCGAAGUACGCCGCCCUGCACUUUUCUGCGUCAGUGUAGGCUGGCAUCGGUAAAUUGAACGAGCCCAACGACGCAGCGCUUUGUGUCCGUGAGCCGUACUCGGCAGUAGUGUUUUGACGCCCCGGUUCAACACGCAGGUUUAGGCACGUUUAGGUGGUCUAUCGAUACCCUCGUGCAGAACUGAAAUCGUCGUCGUUUUCCCCUAGACCUGUCACCAUUGACUCAGUAUUGCCGAAGACGAAACUGGAAAACCGUAGCUGGCAUUUAUUUUGAAAUUGUACUGCGUUAGUACAGUUGGCUGGUCUUUCUUAUUUCCAGUACCAUGAUACACUGCGUAUAGAAUUGUAACAUCUGAGCCCAGCAUCAUUCCACUGUCCCUUUAAAUGCUGUCUGGCAAGGCCGCCACAUUGUUAGAGGGGAAAUCAAUAUCGUUUUGGUGACCAGUGGAGUAACUGGGGAAGCGUGUUGGGCCGUGUGGGAUCGGCUGUGUAACCAGGGCAGAGAAUAAAAAUGAUUUAAAUCGUCAUUUAAAUCAGACUAUGAUGAUUUGAAUCAAACCUAUCCCACAAACAUAAUCGAAAAUAUAUUUACCGUUUGUUUGUCACUUCAUGCUAUCUUUGUGCAUUUGUUUUAUAUUUACAUAAGAUAAGCAAGCAAUAAAUAUUUAUGUACGGCUGAA